CCUUUGGUUUUAAGCUUUUGUUUCUUCUCAACCGAUUUCUAAAUUAAUACCAUCUUUGCAAUCAAAACUAUAAGAAACUCAUUCCGAAUCUUCUUUUUUCUAACUAUCACCCAAUACUUUGGAUCUUUAACUACAAGAAGAUGUCUCUUUCAAACAAGCUUUCCAUCACCGACGUUGACGUCAAGGACAAGAGAGUUUUGAUCAGAGUCGAUUUCAACGUCCCUCUCGAUUCCGACAAGAACAUUACCAACAACCAACGUAUUGCAGGCGCAGUCCCAACUAUCAAAUAUGCCAUCGACAAUGGUGCCAAAGCCGUUAUCCUCAUGUCUCACUUGGGACGUCCCGAUGGAAAGGCCAACGCUAAAUACUCUUUGAAGCCCGUCGUCCCAGAGCUCGAGAAGCUUUUGGGUGGAAAGAAGGUCGAGAUGGCACCAGACUGUGUAGGAAAGGAAGUCGAAGAAAUCGUUAACAAGGCAACUGGGGGACAAGUUGUGUUGCUUGAGAACUUGAGAUUCCACGCUGAGGAGGAGGGAAGCUCGAAGGAUGCAGAGGGAAAAAAGGUUAAGGCUGAUAAGGAGAAGGUAGAGGAGUUCAGAAAGGGUUUGACUGCUUUGGGAGAUAUUUUCAUUAAUGAUGCUUUCGGAACUGCCCACAGAGCUCACAGCUCCAUGGUCGGCGUUGAUCUUCCACAAAAGGCAUCUGGAUUCCUCAUGAAGAAGGAACUCGAGUACUUCGCUAAGGCUUUGGAGAACCCUCAACGACCAUUCUUGGCCAUUCUCGGAGGAGCUAAAGUUUCCGACAAGAUCCAAUUGAUCGACAACCUCCUCGGCAAAGUCAAUAAGCUCAUCGUUUGCGGUGGUAUGGCAUUCACCUUCAAGAAGACAUUGGAGGGUGUUAAGAUUGGUAACUCUCUUUUCGAUGAGGCUGGAAGCAAGACCGUUAAGGAUCUCGUUGAGAAGGCUAAGAAGAACAACGUUGAGCUUGUUCUACCAGUCGAUUACAUUACCGCCGACAACUUUGCUAAGGAUGCCAACACUGGCACUGCUACUGAUGAGGAGGGUAUCCCAGAUGGAUGGAUGGGACUUGACUGUGGAGAAAAGAGUAUCGAACUCUACAAGAAAGCUAUUGAUGAGUCCAAGACUAUCCUCUGGAACGGUCCACCAGGAGUCUUCGAAUUUGAGGCUUUUGCCAAGGGUACCAAAGCAACUCUUGAUGCUGCCGUCGAUGCUGCUCAGAAUGGAAAGAUUGUUAUUAUUGGUGGCGGUGACACCGCUACUGUGGCUGCCAAGUAUGGAGUUGAGAGCAAGCUUAGCCACGUUUCAACUGGUGGUGGAGCUUCUUUGGAAUUGCUCGAGGGCAAGGAUCUCCCAGGUGUUUCUGCUUUGUCGAGUAAGUAAAUUUGGAGGUCACGUUUGUAGCAUGGUUCGGUUCUGAUAGGAUAUCAGACCGUUCAAAUAAGUCCAACCUAUGAUUAUAGGCAAAUUCGUUGGAUGCGGAGACAGUAUAUGAUAGCUCGAAUCACGAAGGGACAUUUGGAACGACGAAAUGAAUAACAAAAAAACAUUAUUAUAGAGAAAUGCAUAUCAUAAUCAUCUCCAUUUU